AUGCUUCGAUGUAGGAUAUGGAACGAGCGAAGCAGUGCACAUGUCCGCGCCUUCUGUCGCCACCCCACCCUCUCACGACAACAUGACCUUGGUCGGCGCAACUACUCGGACGCAUCGAAUCCCACCCCGCAGGGCAACGAUAAAACCGGCGGCUGGGGCCGAGGUCAUGGUGUGAAACCAGCCGGGGUUGCAGGCAUUUCUUCAGUACCGCGUGGUCCAGUUGCCAGCGGCGGAUGGGGCCAGCCGUUGUUUGGUGCUGAGCCAUCUUCAGGGGCGUCGAAAGCCGAUGAACGAAAGAGCCCUCUCAGCCUGAGUGACUCACUUGACAGCCUGCUUCUCCCUCAUGAGCUCGCGGCACGAAAGAAGCUGGCGGCGCAGCAAGCAAUACAGCCCAAGGCUGCGAAGAAGCCAAAGCCCCUAGGUGGCCUCCCUGGUGGUUUGAAUGGGCCCAGGAUUUCUCGAAACCCUCUCGCCAAUAAUUUUGCUGUAGGCGCAAAGAAACCACUGGCGGGACUCGAGGAGAAGCCUCUGGCAGCGAAAGAUUGGAGACAUCGGUCCGAGACAGAGAGACCCCCAACUACCAAACCAGUACCGCACAGCCGACACUUUGCGAAGGACGAGAAAACCAGGUAUUCAGCACAGCAAGUUCCACCAAAGCAGAAGAUGGGCCUUGGAAACUCGGCCGGCGGGGAAACUGGCGGAUGGGGUCAACUCGCGAGGAAGCCCCCCAGCAACCGUUCUCAAGAUACAGCUCCCGAUGCGCUGUCAAGCCCAGUCUUGUCGAAAGAAAGCUUCUUCUCCAGGUUCACAGAAGUUCUGGACACAAAGUACAAUCAACAAGGCAAGGAGCCCCGGACAUCACGCCGGGAUCUUGGCCGCUCAAGCAGCAAUGAUUUCGUGACGGAAGAGGUCAUGGUGGAGAACUCAUCAAAGCCGGAACGCCGAACACGGGAUUUUGACGAGUCCUACGAAAUCAGCCGCGAUCCAAGGCGACGCGACAAAGCAGGAAGCCGGAGAGGAGAUGCGUACGGCUCUUCCCGCGGCGCUAAAAAAUCGGUAGCGCAACAAAAAUGGGAGAACGAGAACGAAGUAUGGGAAGACAAUGGUGCGAGCCGGGAAGCUGAACGUCGCCGCAAGAAGGCCGAAGCAAAGGCGCGGAGACUAGCGCAGGAGAAGGCUGCUCCUCAGAACAUCUUCCUGCCUGAGUUCAUUAGCAUUUCGAACCUAGGUACUGCACUCAAGUUGAAGCCGCAGGCGUUCCUCAGGUCCUUGUCAGAGAUGGGAUUUGAGGAUAUUACCGAGGACAGCAUCAUGACUGGAGAAACUGCCGCUCUGGUAGCUCAGGAGUUCGGUUUCGAGCCAACCGUUGACACUGGCGGUGUCCGGGAUCUCAGGCCUCGACCUCCGCCAGAGGACGUAACCGUGCUACCACCACGGCCUCCGGUUGUUACUAUCAUGGGUCACGUUGAUCACGGUAAAACUACUCUACUUGACUAUCUGAGGAAAUCCUCCGUCGCAGCCCAAGAGCACGGUGGCAUCACCCAGCAUAUCGGCGCUUUCAUGGUGAAAAUGUCCGACGGCAAGCUUAUCACUUUCCUUGACACUCCCGGUCACGCGGCUUUCUUGACCAUGCGACAACGUGGCGCCAAUGUCACCGACAUUGUGGUGUUGGUCGUUGCUGCUGACGACAGUGUCAAGCCUCAAACCAUUGAAGCCAUCAAGCAUGCCAAGUCAGCAAAUGUGCCGAUUAUUGUGGCCAUCAACAAGUGUGACAAGGAGGACGCCAAGCCCGACCAAGUCAAGGCCGAUCUUGCUCGUCACGGUGUAGAAAUUGAGGAUUUUGGCGGUGACGUCCAGGUCGUUUGCGUCAGUGGAAAGACCGGCCAGGGCAUGGGCGACCUCGAAGAGAAUAUCGUCACCCUCGCGGACAUCCAGGAUAUGCGCGCCGAGAAAGACGGCAUGGCGGAAGCUUGGGUGCUUGAAGCUAGCGUGAAGCAAUACGGCAAAUCUGCAAACGUUCUCGUCAAACGAGGCACUCUGCGCCCCGGGGAUUUCGUUGUCGCAGGCACCGCCUGGGCCCGGGUUCGGCUCCUGCGGAACGAGGCUGGUCAGGAGCUGGAGGAGGCACCUCCCGGAAUGCCUGUCGAGGUGCUUGGUUGGAGGGACGAACUCCCUGCCGCUGGAGACGAAGUAUUACAGGCACCGGAUGAGGAUCGGGCGAGAACAGCCGUCGAUUACCGCGAGGAGAUGCGUGAACGAGAGGCGUCUUCGAAGCAGCUAGCCGAGCAGGAACACCGCGAACGCGAAGCCAAGAUCGCGGCAGAAGUCGCCAAGGAGAUCGAAACAGUCGAUGCUGAGGAAGGCGAAAUUAUCGCGACCAAGGUUGUCAACUUCAUGGUCAGGGCUGACGUCGUGGGGUCCGUCGAGGCUGUGUGCGCGACCAUCAAAGAGAUCGGCAACAAUGAAGUGAAGCCUCGGAUUCUUCGGUCUUCGGCCGGCCAGGUGUCUGAGUCGGACGUUGAAUACGCCGAGGCCUCCAACAGCGUUAUUGCAAACUUUAACAGCGCUAUCCCAGCCCAUGUCAAGCAUCUGGCCGAGGAUAAGGGCGUGAAGAUAUUGGACCACACUGUCAUUUACCACCUGUCGGACGAGGUGAAGCAGGUCAUGUCUGAGAACUUGGCCGACAAGGUGACGUCAAAGGUUGUCGGCGAGGCGGAGAUUCUGCAGGUGUUCCCCAUCAACGUCAAGGGACGCACUUACAAGAACAUUGCUGGUUGCAAGGUAAGGAACGGAAUGGUCACUCGGUCGACAAAUGUGCGCAUCUUGCGGAAAGGUGAGAAGAUCUUUGAUGGCAAGAUCGAUACCCUCAAGCACGGGAAGAAGGACGUGAAUGAGAUCAGGAAAGGUACCGAGUGUGGUAUCGCCUUUGAGGGCUUCACCGACUUCCAGGCCGGCGACCAGAUUCAAACAUACGAGGAAGUGAGAGAGAAGCGAAGCUUGUAA